AUGGAUAGCCCAGUUGACGAUUUCAUAUUGAUUUUACGAGAUUUAAUUGAACGAAUUCCGCACAGAAAAUCAAAUACAAUUACAAAAGAAAGCCAAUUGUGUGGGACUUUUGUUGAUGCCAUGAUUCGCCCCAUCCAGGAUGAUCCAGACAAUAAUGAGUUCUUGGUUUGGUCCAAUAUCAAAAUUUCAGAUAAAAGUGAAAGGCCUGACAUUACUGGUAUGAUGCUUAUUGACGCGUCGCUGUAUGAGCCAGUUUGUGUGGGCGAGAUAAAAGGCGAGGACAAGAGACAUGAUACACACGCCUUGGCCUAUGAUUUGUUGAAGAUGGCUGCAUUUAGCAAAGAAGCAAUUGAUGGUAAUGAGUAUCUAGGCAUCUUGGGAGUGCAUGUUAUUGGGUUUCAGUUCACACUCUACAUCACAACAUUACUUACUGAGGGACUAUGUGUUAUGUUUGAACUUGUGUCGAUUCCAAUACCUUCCAUCAUAUAUGACAUGAAGGCCUUCAUUGCAAAUUUGGAGGAUUUGAUGCCUAUCAAAGCUCUUUACAAAAACUGCAUUCAAAUCAACAACAGUGUGCAACAAGUCAAGAAGCAAGAUGCUAAUCUACAAGCUAUUUCUCAAUCCAUCCAGCCUGGCAAAGACAGAAAACAGCAUUGCUCUUGUGUUUGCAACCAUUGA